UUUUUUUUUGUCAGAUUUAUCACACCCACUGGAAGACCCACGUGCAUUAGCAGAAUUGGGACCUUCUUUCUUAAAAUUGGAAUCGAGCCCGCUGGCCAGCACUGAAUGAAGGAGCCUAGACCUGGUGAUAAAGUAGGAAAUGCCCAGCUCCACUGUAAUGGCAAUUGGAGCUCUCUCCAGUUCUCUUAUUGUAACUUGUUGCUUAAUGGUUGCCCUGUGCAACCCAACUAUAUAUGUACAAAACAUUACACAAACGGAUCAGCAGCAAAUGAAAAACAGCCAAGACAAAAAGGAGCACGUGGUUCAUGGCAGUCAAAACCAAACACAUCCGGGUAAAUUAAAUGAAAGCAAAAUAGUGAAAGAAGAAACAAUGAAAGAGUGGAAAAAUAAAAUUAACAAAACUAUUAUAGGCAAGGAUGUUUUAAGUAGACAAAAACAGACUCUGAAUACGCAGACGUUGGGUAGUAAAUUAGUUAAUACAAUACAAAUACAAUCAGAUGCUGUGCAAGAUCAGCCUGUGGAGGAUUUAUCAAUUUUGGAUCCUGUCAGUACACCUGAAGCUCCAGAGGAAUAUGCCUAUCCAGACUAUCGGGGUAAAGGCUGUGUGGAUGAGAGUGGAUUUGUGUAUGCUAUUGGGGAAAAAUUUACACCUGGCCCUUCAGCUUGUCCAUGUCAUUGUACAGAGGAGGGACCACUUUGCAUUCAACCAGAGUGCCCUAGGCUGCACCCACGCUGUAUUCAAGUUGACAACAGCCAGUGCUGCCCACAGUGCAAAGAAAAGAAGAAUUACUGUGAAUUUCGAGGAAAAACAUAUCAGUCCUUGGAAGAAUUUAUGGUUUCUCCAUGUGAGAAAUGUCGCUGUGACUCCAAUGGUGAAGUUAUGUGCACUGUGUCAGCAUGCCCUCAGACCGAGUGUGUGGAUCCUGUGUAUGAGCCAGAGCAAUGCUGCCCUAUUAGUAGAAACGGACCAAACUGCUUUGCAGAGACUUCUGUAAUCCCAGCAGGAAGAGAAAUAAAGACAGAUGAUUGCACUAUAUGCCACUGUACCUAUGAAGAAGGCACCUGGAGAAUUGAACGACAAGCAUUGUGCACUAGACAUGAAUGCAAACAGAUAUAAUAAACUUUAAAAGAAAAGAAUAACUCAGAGGCAUCAAUGGACUUAUAGCAACGGACAAUCUGAAAGGAACACGUGGGAAAUUUACAUGGAAGAAACUGUUCCUCCUACUGUAUUUCUUUUUCAUAAAAUGUAAUAUAUAAUAAUUUUGACAAAAAUAAGAUCUAGAUUUCUGUCUGAAAAAAAUGUGUAUUUUUCACGGUAAAUACUUAAUUAACAAUAUUCUAUGUAUCUACACAUCAUUGCAGACCAUGAAAAUAAA